CCUGACAGAUAACCUCACGUCGUACAUUUCAAUGUAACAAAUGUGUACUUAGAGGUUAAAUUAAACAUAGGUUGUUGUUAAUUGAAACAUUAAUGAGAAAGACGUGAUGGAACCGAAUCAAGAAGACGGUCAGGGUGGAUUGCGCGCGGACGGCAGACGAGCGUUAGAAUUAAGACAAAUUCGCACGCGGAUGGGGGUGUUCGGGCAAGCCGAUGGCAGUGCAUACAUAGAACACGGCAACACGAAAGUUUUAGCCGCGGUGUACGGUCCUCAUCAGCCAAGAAGUAGUGCCUCGAGAGGCAGCACGAAGGCUCUCGUGAACUGUCAGUACAGUAUGGCUGUAUUUAGCUUCUCCUCCGGCGAACGGAAACGAAGACCUAGGGGUGAUUGGAAGUCCCAGGAGAGGUCAGCUCAGUUGCGGCACUCCAUGGAGGCCAUAAUACACUUGGAGUUGUAUCCACGUUCCCAAAUCGACGUCUUCGUAGAAAUCUUGCAGGUCGAUGGCAGUGAUUACUGCGCGUCCGUGAACGCAGCGACGCUUGCGUUGAUCGACGCUGGAAUUCCGAUCAAGAAUUACGCGAUAGGUUGUACCGUAACUCUCAUCAACACGCCGUCGACGGAGGACGAGGACAAAACGCUAGCGAUGGGAGUACUGGACGCGAACUUCGUGGAAGAAUGCUCGCCGGGAGUUACCCUGUCCGUCGUCGCGCUGCUAGGCACGAACAGCGACGUGGAGAUAGACGGCAGCGGCUUGAUAGUGAUAGCACACGGGGCAGGGCAGAGGUUGCACCUGUCGCGCUUGGAAACUCUCAAGCAACGUGCGUUACAAGGUUGCCAAGACAUAAAGAACAUAUUCGACGCGAGUGUGAGGCGACACUUGAACGCGAAUAUGCUACCCUCUUUUUUGCACACCUCGCUGGAGUAGAAGGAGAAAAUAUACCCCAUGAUGUCACAGACAA